UGUCAGGUAGGGUGGAGGUGAUAUGGUCCUUGACUAGUCUCUCAAAGCACUUCAUGAUGACGGAUGUGAGUGCUACGGGGCGGUAGUCGAAGAUCUGAUAAAGGAUAUCCUUUAAAAAAUUUAAUAGGGAGGGCCAACUAAAGGUGUUAACCCUCCAAAUCGCUCAAGCUAACUGGUGCACUGAACCAGGUGCUCUUAAAUAUCCUCAGUGCCAGCAAAAGUGAAACGCCUUCUGACUAACGAGGAUGACAAGUCAGCACAGGUGUAACACAUACUGACUAACGAGGUGCCACCGAUAGGUGCACCCAACGUGGUAACGUCCAACCUCGAAAUCUAAAUGGGAAAACCAAAACCUGUAACAAUGUGAUAUGGAAGUUGGGGGAUUUAUGUUUCUAGAACCGUGCUGCAAUUUAGAAUGGUUUCAUGUUUGGAUGCAAUAUUUGUGUGGCUUCCAGAGCCAAUUCGCCUUUAAGCAGACCAUGUAAAGUCCUUUGGCUAAGAGUAACGGUAUACUGGGGCAGCCAUGGCCCUGAGACAUGGGGGCUGUAUUCUAACGGUGAACUUCUAAAAAUACUGAAUAAGUUCUACAAGAGGAACGAGAUGCAAAAAAUAGCUGCGGAUCAAGGUCUCGAUGCUCGUCUCUUUCACCAAGCCUUCAUCAGUUUUCGGAAGUAUGUGCUGGAAAUCUCUACACUCAGUGCAGACCUUCAUAUCAUCCUCAAUGAUAUAUGCUGUGGAGCAGGCCACAUAGAUGACCUUUAUCCUUACUUCAUGAGACAUGCAAAGCAGAUUUUCCCCAUGCUGGACUGCAUGGAGGAUCUACGAAAAAUCAGUGAUCUGCGUGUACCAGCUAAUUGGUACCCAGAGGCUAGAGCCAUCCAGAGGAAGGUGAUAUUCCAUGCUGGUCCGACCAACAGUGGAAAGACCCAUCAUGCAAUUCAGAGAUACCUGGCUGCCAAGUCUGGUGUCUACUGUGGACCGCUGAAGCUGUUGGCCCACGAGAUCUUUGAAAAGAGCAACACUGCUGGCGUGCCUUGUGAUUUGGUGACAGGAGAAGAGAGAACAUUUGUGGAUGCGGAGGGGGGACAAGCUGAGCAUGUGGCCUGUACUAUCGAGAUGUGCAGUGUCACAACUCCAUAUGAAGUAGCGGUUAUUGAUGAGAUCCAGAUGAUUAGGGACAUAUCGAGGGGAUGGGCUUGGACCAGGGCUCUUCUCGGUUUGUGUGCUGAGGAGAUCCAUGUGUGUGGAGAGCCUGCUGUGAUUAACUUUGUCACAGAGCUCAUGUACACAACUGGUGAAGAGGUGGAGGUUCGUAACUACAAGAGGCUCAGUCCGUGCUCAAUUCUGGACCGUGCUGUGGAGUCUCUGGAUAACCUGAGACCAGGCGACUGUGUUGUCUGCUUCAGCAAAAACGAUAUUUACUCCAUCAGUAGGCAGAUCGAGAGCCGAGGCCUGGAGUGUGCCGUCAUCUACGGAAGCCUUCCACCCGGGACCAAGCUAUCUCAAGCAAAGAAGUUCAAUGACCCAGAGGACCCAUGUAAGAUCCUGGUUGCAACGGAUGCCAUCGGGAUGGGACUAAACCUGAGUAUCAAGAGAAUCAUCUUCAACUCCUUGGUGAAACCCAACAUCAAUGUGAAGGGUGAGAAGGAGCUAAACACCAUCUCCACGUCUCAGGCUCUCCAGAUCGCCGGGCGGGCCGGACGCUUCAGCUCCAUCUUUAAAGAGGGCGAGGUCACCACCAUGCACCGCGACGACCUGCCUAUCCUCAAGGAGAUACUCAGCAGGACCGUCCACGCCAUCGAGAUAGCUGGGCUGCAACCUACAGCAGAGCAGAUUGAAAUGUUUGCCUACCACUUACCUGAUGCCACCUUGUCCAAUCUGAUAGAUAUAUUUGUGAGCCUCUCGCAAGUUGAUGGUAUGUACUUUGUGUGUAACAUUGAUGACUUCAAGUUCCUGGCUGACAUGAUCCAGCACAUUCCCCUCAACCUGCGCUCUCGAUAUGUGUUCUGCACUGCGCCCAUCAACAAGAAGCAGCCUUUCGUGUGCACCUCCUUCCUGAAGUUUGCCAGACAGUUCAGCAGAGAUGAGCCUCUGACCUUUGACUGGGUGUGUCGGCUCGUCAGCUGGCCCUUGGUCCCACCCAAGAACAUCAAGGACCUGGUGCACCUGGAGGCUGUCCAUGAUGUGCUAGACCUCUACCUCUGGCUCAGCUACCGCUUCAUGGACAUGUUCCCGGAUGCCAAUCAUGUCCGGGAGAUCCAGCAGGAGCUGGACAGCAUCAUUCAGUUGGGCGUACGCAACAUCACACGACUUAUCCGAGCAACGGAGACCAGCGCCACCCCUGGGAUAGACCCACUCUCCAGCCAGAGGAGGCCGGGGCCCAGCCCAGUAUCCCCAAGGAGGGUUCGAGGAGCUCCCAAGGCCCAGGACAGUGGAGUAGAGGCUGGGCAGCUGGACAAGUCCCUAGGCUCCCGUCUAGUACAGGAGGGCUUACUGACUCCUGACCUCCUAAGGCAAUUGCAGAAGGAGUGGUCCAAGGAGCACCGUCAAGAGGAAGUAGGAGUCAAACUGGUUGUGGAAACUUUGAAUAAUAAAAUGAAAGGGAGGAAGAAAAAGUGACUGCUCCAGUCUCUGACUUAGUUGUUGUGAAAAACAGGAUCUGUUUCCUGUUAUUUUGACGGGACUUCAUUCCAGGCUGCAUUAUGCAGCUGUUGACCAAUUGGACUGUGUGUGUCCCAGCUCCUGUCUAUAACUGCUCAAAAACAGUCAUUUUGUGAGCCAAAGGGUAAAUAAAUAUGUUAUUACAAAGUCAUUUUGUACUCUUAUUUUAAUCACUUGAAAAGUAAAAUGGUUGACUGCAUCACGUAGAUAGUCUGUCUCAUGCAGCAAGCAAUGACUAUUUUUUACACUGAGGCAACAUUCCUUGAGCAAUUUGUGCCCAUCCUAUGCUUCUGCUACACUACGGUAACAAACUUAAAUGUUAUGAGACAGUCUCUUGCACUUUACACCACUAAUUAUAUGUAUGAUUUGUGAAACUGACAGUACAAGUGAUGUGAUUGAUAAAAUAAAAGUAACAUUUUUCUUUUGA